AUGAACAGCAGCAGUAGUAGUAGUACGUUUUGCGCAGUUCCUCCAGGGUUCCGGUUCCAUCCCACCGACGAAGAGCUGGUGGACUAUUACCUCAGGAAGAAAGUCAACUGCCGGAGGAUCGACCUUGACGUCAUCAGAGACGUCGAUCUUUACAAGAUCGAGCCUUGGGACCUUCAAGGGAGUGAGGAGCAGAGCGAGUGGUAUUUCUUCAGCCACAAGGACAAGAAGUAUCCGACGGGGACGAGGACCAACAGGGCGACGACGGCAGGGUUCUGGAAGGCGACGGGGAGGGACAAGGCGAUUUACACGAAGAACGAGCUGAUCGGGAUGCGGAAGACCCUUGUUUUUUACAAGGGUCGUGCUCCGAAUGGACAGAAGUCGGACUGGAUCAUGCACGAGUACCGACUCGAGACUGACGAGAAUCCCGCUCUCCAGGCAAAGUAG